AGCCCCAUUGCGGCCGUUAUACGUUGCGCUUGCCGUUCGUUAAGUCAGUUCGAGUGUUGCCUGCAGCCAACAGUUGCGCCGUGAGCGCAGUCUCCUUUCUUUCUUGAUUAUUGCUGCCUACAGUGUAUCAUGGCAGGCAGUCAGCAGUACUUGUACGCGGACCGUCGUUGGCUGGAUAACAAUUAUUGACCAGUUUUGCAUUAUUUCGGAGCAUUAGUGAUAAUACUCGCUUGUGUACUCAAGCGACGAUGCUCCUUGAUCCUCCACGUUCCCAAGUCAGUCGGAUUAUCAGCUACACUCGCAGAUUGCCACAGUGGGACAUUUAACGGGUGUGCAUUAUUAUCAACCGGUUUGCUUUACAGACUUGACUGUAUUCUUGUUCUCGUCGUGUUACCUUGCCAGUAUGCUCAACGCGAGCCCGAGGCUAUCAUGGCAGCAGGAGGGCAAAGCCAUGCUACCAGUAAACCUAGACAAGAGAAACAGUAUGAUUAUUUGCUCAAGUUUCUUUUGGUAGGUGACAGUGAUGUUGGUAAACAGGAGAUUCUCAGUGGUCUGGACGAUGGUGCCUUUGAGUCUCCCUUUUGCAGUGGAAGUGCUUACAAAACCACUACCAUUUUGCUGGAUGGAAAAAGGGUAAAACUUCAACUAUGGGAUACUUCAGGUCAAGGUAGAUUCUGCACUAUUAUCAGAUCAUAUUCUAGAGGAGCUCAAGGUAUACUGCUGGUUUAUGAUAUUACUAAUAAGUGGUCUUUUGAUGGAAUUGACAGAUGGCUAAAAGAGGUAGAAGAGCAAGCUCCUGGAGUGCCUAAGGUUCUUGUUGGUAAUCGCCUGCAUUUGGCCUUUAAACGCCAAGUCAGUGAGCGAGAUGCUGAACAAUAUGCUGCUAAGAAUCGUAUGGCAUUCUUUGAGGUAUCACCACUCUGUGAUUUUAAUAUUCGUGAAAGUUUUUCUGAACUUUCUCGAAUGGCCCUUCAUCGCAAUGGAAUGGAACGUUUGUGGAGAUCAAAUAAAGUUUUGAGUCUACAAGAACUGGCAUGUCGUGCGAUAGUGGCUAGAACAACAGUUUAUGGAAUAGAACAACUACCUCUGCCGGGUUCAAUAAAAUCACACUUAAAAUCGUAUGCCAUGACCUCUGUUCCUCAUAUUCGACAUCGUAUUCAUACAUCCUGUGGCAGUAGAACACUGUGUAGCAUUAAGUCAUUGAAUCUUGGACAUCGUAAGCUGCGUUUAUCUAAUGUUAUAGGUAGUAGCAGUGCAGGAUCUUCAACGCCAGGUAAUUCACCGUCCGGAAGUAUUAACGAUUCACGUACUAGUUGUGCAGGUCGAAAUUCUUGUACUAUAUCUUGAUCAAUGUUUACACUAUCUCAAGUACCAUCACUGCAUACAAUUUUUCUCUGUACUUGUCAAGUGUUUUAGAACAUAAGAUGUGUUGAUCAAAAAAUUUGUGAUGUUCUUAAUGAUUAAAAUGAUAAUUGAACAAUACCUUUUUCAAUUAAAAUCAAAAUCUGAAACUGAUGCACUGCAAAUUCAGACCUAUUUCAAGUAUUAAGUGACAAGACUUCGAGACGUCCGUGAUUAUCUUUUGAGGAAUUUAUUAAAUUUUUGCGUAUAAAGUUAAUAGAUAAGUGUGUUAGCGGGCAAUAUAUUACUUAAUUAUGUGAGUAAAGACGUGAUAACAAUAAGUAUAUUUACAUUUAAGAAUGUAAGAAUGAAUGACUUGAUUGAACGAAAAAAAUCUAAAUUAUAUGGUAUUGAAUGCGCGUUUUUUCCAUUUUCCAAAAUAACGAUUAUAGUAGGAUUUUGUUAACUGUUAUGUUUUUAAUUUUUUCUGAUGAAAUCUUUUUAAUUUGUAAUCCUCUAGUCGGAUUUAAAAAUAUUGUAAAAAAUUAGGUACAUGUAGUUUUAGGAUAAUAUUGCAAGAAAUAAAUAUUUUAAUUAUAAUGCGUCCAAGAGUGAAAAAUGUAAAAUAUUAGCAAGUUUGGAUGUGUUUUGAAUGGAACGGAAAUGAUUUUCAAAAAUAUGUAUGAGUUUUUUUGUUGUUUUAUCCUCAGGCUUAAGCUUAAUCAAUUGUAGUAGCAAACUAGUCAUACUGAAAACAAAUCAAUCAAACUUUGCUCAGUUUUGUUGAUUCAGUUUUUGAAUUUUCAGAGCUCUAUAUUUCAAGCAUACUGUACAAAUUGUGACAGUUUGUUGCUAUGUGAAAUCAAAUUUUACCAUUAAGAUGAUGACAUUCAAUUAAAAUAACUAGACAAAUUCAAAGAAUGUUUAUUUAAACUUUCAGCAUUGUCACGAAAACAAUGAAUUCUGAUUCACGUUCAUAAUAGUAUGAUUUUCGAAUUAAAUAAUUUUACACGAUUUUCAUAAAUGCAGGAUUAUUUAAUUUGCAAUUAAAUAAUUUACAAUUCUGAUAUUUGCAAAGAACUGAUAAAAUACGUAAAAUAUUGUUUAAAUUAUUUCAUGUGGAUAAUUCUAUUGUUUAUCAGAAAAACGUGAUGGUAAACUAAAGGCUAACGUAUAAAUAUAUUACAACAACUGGUUGCCAAUGGUAUUUUUUACAACUUGUAUAAAAUUUAUUACGUUACUUACAGCUGACAACAGAUAACUGCUCGUUCAGCCAAAAAAUCUGUAGAGAUAGCUGGAGAAAAAAUGAUACAUCUGAAUGUAUAUUCUAAAACGUGGUAAAAUGCCAAUGAAUAGAAGAAAUGGAUGUAGAGAGCGUAAAUGAGUAAGAAAAUUUUUAAGGAAAUCGAUGCGCGUGUACAUUAGAUAAUCGUCUAAUUUAUGCAAAAAAUUGUAAUAUAAAUGAAAUUUAAGCAUA